AUGCUGCCCUGGAGACGGAGCAAGUUCGUGCUGGUGGAGGAUGAGACCAAGCGCAAGGGUAAGAGCCUGAGUCCCCGGCUUGCCUACACGUCGCUGCUCUCUACCUUCCUGCGCUCCUGCCCUGACCUGCUGCCCGAAUGGCCUCUGGAGCGCCUGGGCCGGGUAUUCCGCAGCAGACGCCAAAAAGUGGAGCUCAACAAAGAGGACCCCACUUACACUGUGUGGUACCUGGGCAACGCCGUCACCCUGCACGCCAAGGGCGACGGCUGCACGGAUGACGCCGUGGGCAAGAUCUGGGCGCGCUGCGGGCAGGCGGGGGGCACCAAGAUGAAGCUGACGCUGGGACCCCAUGGCAUCCGUAUGCAGCCCUGCGAGCGCACAAUGGGCUCGGGGUCCCGGAGGCCGGCGCACGCCUACUUGCUGCCGCGCAUCACGUACUGUGCGGCAGACCACCACCACCCGCGCGUUUUCGCUUGGAUAUACCGCCACCAGGCGCGCCACAAGGCCGUGGUCCUUCGCUGCCACGCAGUUCUGCUGGCUCGGGCGCACAAGGCGAGGGCCCUAGCGCGCCUGCUGCGCCAGACAGCGCUAGCCGCCUUUACCGACUUCAAGCGGCUGCAGAGGCAAAGCGACGCGCGCCACGUGCGCCAGCAGCACCUCCGGGCGGCCGCAGGUGCGGCCGCUGCCUCAGUGCCCCGAGCGCCCCUGCGCCGCCUGCUCAAUGCUAAGUGUGCCUAUCGGCCCCCACCCGCAGAACGCGGCCGUGGCGCGCCCCGCCUCAGCAGCAUCCAGGAGGAGGAUGAGGAACAGGAGACAGAGCAGGAGCAGGAGCAGGAUAGCGUAGUACUUCAGGAGGCCGAUGGCCCGAAGCGCGAGCGCUCCGAGGUGCUGAGCUUAGCCCGGGAGCUGAGGACGUGCAGCCUGAGGGGCUCCGGAGCCGCCACUCCCCGGGCCCCACCCCCAACCCCCAACCCUUCCCACAAGGGUUGCCUGCAGGUCCUCAAACGCCGGCCUCUGGGGUCUGCUUCUCGGAAGAAUUCAGACAAUGAAUCUGUUUGGAGAAGGCACCAUGAAGAUGCCUACAUAAACCUGCACUGCAUCAAGAAGAUCCAGAAUGAACUUCGGGGUGCAGCUGAUUGA